AUGCUUGUGGACGAGAGCACGGUGCAGAAGAUCACUAUCCUGUCGCCCAACAUAGGCAUGGUGUACAGCGGCAUGGGGCCAGAUUACCGAGUCCUAGUGCGCAAGGCGCGCAAAACGGCGCAGCAAUACUUCCGACUGUAUCAGGAGCACAUCCCAGUUGCGCAGCUUGUGCGGGAGGUCGCAGCCGUCAUGCAGGAGUUCACACAGUCUGGCGGCGUGCGGCCGUUCGGCGUGUCGCUUCUGCUGGCGGGCUUCGACGACAACGGGCCGCAGCUGUACCAGAUCGACCCCAGCGGGUCCUACUUCGCGUGGAAGGCCAGUGCCAUUGGCAAGAACAUGAACAACGCGAAGACCUUCCUGGAGAAGCGGUACAGCGACGAGGUGGGCCUAGGGGGCCUUGGGGGCAGCAUCGUGGUGGAGGCAGCAGGGUGCGGUGGGGGCAGCAGCGUGGGCAUCGAGGACGCCAUCCACACCGCGCUGCUCACCCUGAAGGAGGGUUUCGAGGGCCAGGUCUCGGGCAACAACAUCGAGGUGGGCAUCAUCGGGCCGGACCGCAAGUUCAAGGUGCUCAGCGCGGCGGAGGUGCAGGACUACCUGCAGGAGGUGGAGUAG